GGGAGAAAAAGGAAGCACGAUAACCCACGCAAGGAAGGGAAAGGAAAGGAAAGGCGAGAGGCUGGGUGGUGGGGAGGUAGAGAGAGAGAAAGUGAAGGUAGUGAGAGAGAAAGACGAACCAAACAAAAAUCUGGAAGCUGCUGAGGAGAGAGAGAGAGAAGAGAGAGAAAGGCAUAGAGAGAGAGAGAGAGGGGGAUGGGUAAGGUAGCGGGAGCUGAAUCCAGGAAGAAGAAGAAGGAAGGGCGACCAUCUCUCGUUGUUUUGCAGCGGUGCCGCCACCCCCCACCUCCUCCGCCCCCCACUUACUCUCUGCGCAACCGCAAUCGGCCGCGGACGCGCCGCUCCUACCAUGACCUGUUCCAGGACGAGGAAGAUGAUGAUGAUGAUGAUGAGGAAGAGUGUAAGAGAGAGAAGAAGCUGAAGCUUGUGCUGAGACUGCCGAGGUCUUAUGAUCACAACAAUAGAAGUCAAAGCCCCUCCGCUUCUUCGGCUUCUUCGCAGCGAGUCGAUGAGGCCGCUCUCACAUCCGGCCCUGAUUCGGGGGUUUCUUCGUCGGAUGAGUUUGGGUGCAGAGAUAAGGAGAGUCUUAGGAAGAGGAGGAAGCUUCACGAUGGAGAGAAUGGGUUCCCUUUGCUUCAUGAUGAUGGAUCUCUUGAUCCCAAGGAAGAGAAGAAUCAGGACACCCCAGAUGCUGAUCCAGGCCCACCAUCUGACUCCUCAUCCGCGACACCUUUACCAGACACAAAAUUGUUGGAGGGUAUUCUUGAUAAGCUUCAAAAGAAAGACACUUAUAGUGUAUUUGCUGAACCUGUGGAUCCCGAAGAGCUUCCAGAUUAUCAUGAUGUAAUACAACAUCCAAUGGACUUUGGUACAAUAAGGAAGAAGCUUGCUGCUGGAGAUUACUCUAUAUUAGAACAACUUGAGGGAGAUGUAAUCUUAAUCUGCACAAAUGCAAUGCAAUACAAUGCACCUGAUACCAUAUACUUCAAACAGGCACACUCUAUAAAGGAGCUUGCAAGGAAAAAGUUUCAUGAACUGAAGGUUGACCAUGAAGGUGCUAAAAUCGAAUUGAAGGCUGCUCAGGAAGUGAAAGACGACUCCUCAAUUAGGAAACCAUUAAAGAAGUCUUUGAGCAGGUCAACAUUGGAACAUGCUGGCUCUGAUUUUUCUUCCGGUGCUACACUUGCCACGGCGGGGGACAUCUCCAAUUUGUCCAACAUUCUGCAACCUCCUGCUUCUGAGCAGGCUGGAAAUGGAUCUUGCUUUGGAGAUGGCAAUUCCACCUUGGCUGAUAGUUUUAGAAUAGACAAGACAGAGGAACUCUCAGUGAGGGGAUUGGCUUCAAGAUUUGGAAGGAGGCCUACAGUGUUUGAUGAAAAUCGUCGUGGAGCUUACAAGUUAUCUAAUCAACAACCCGAGGGGCCAUCCGAAUUAGCCUUUACACUAUUUCAGGGAGAUAUGAAGCAGCUUAUGCUAGUUGGGCUUCAGGCGGAGCAUGGAUAUGCAAGGAGCUUGGCUCGAUUUGCUGCAAAUCUUGGGCCUACUGCUUGGAAAAUUGCAUCACGAAGAAUUGAAGAAGCAUUACCUACAGGCUUGAAGUUCGGGCCGGGCUGGGUUGGAGAGGAUGAAGUGCCUGUCAGGCCUUUAUUGCCUUCACAAAGCCAGACCCAAACUCCCCAAGCAAACCCUUCUUCUGGCUUUCAUACAUUGUCCUCACAAAACCAGACCCAGACCACCCAAUCGAAGCCUGUUUCUGUCUUUCGCAUAUCGUCCUCUCAAAACCAAAUCCAAAACACCCAACCGAAGACUGAUUCUGUCUCUCAUACAUUGACCUCACAAAGCCAGAACCAAACCACCCAAUCAAAGCCUUCUUUGGGUUUGCUCUCACAAGGCCAGACCCAAAGCACCCAAGCUAACCGUUCCUUUGGGUUGGCAUCCCAAAGCCAGACCCAAACAAUGCUUUCUUCUGGCAUGAUUUCACACAGCCAGCCACAAACUACCCAAACAAAGCCUUCUGGUUCUGUUGUAUUGCCUUCCCAAACUCACCAAAUAUCCCAAACAAAACCUUCUUCUGGCUUGCGAAUAUCGCCUUCACAAAGCCAUAUCCAAAACAUCCAAACAAAGCCUAUAUCUGCCAUGCCCAUGCAAUCUGUUGCUUCUGUAGAAAAGGAUGUAAGUGAGAUUCGACAGAGGUUGCACCCUAUGCAAGUGCUGUCUUGGGGUGGGCAUGGUGCUUCUGUGAGGGAGGGCUCAUUGAGAGUGCCAAAUUCUUUUGAACCCCAAAAGUCAUCUGAAAAUUCAGUUGCUGUCACCAAGUCUAUUGCAGGUGCUGCUAGUCAGAAUCAGCAGCAGCAGCAGCAGCAGAACUUUUUGUCCAUGAAUUCUAUGAUGCAUGGAGGUAAUGAAUAUGGUCGUUCCCAACUUGGUAGCAACAAUCUGGGCUCUACUUUGCCUUCUAAUGUUCUUAAGCAAGGAGAGGGUGCCUGCUCUUCCCCUUCUGCUGAUGGUUCUUCCUUGCGUAAGACAAAUGCAGAAGCGGCUUCUUCACAAUUGAUUGAAAUGGUGCCAAGGAGCUGCAGCCUUCUAAAUCUCACACAACAGACUGAACCAUCAGUUUCCUUAGCAAGUGGGUCGGGAAGGACAAUGGAGAGAGUUGAUUAUAAGAACACAAUGUGUAGUUCUGAUAGCAUAAGAACAACAAGCUCUUCUUUAGCUGACUAUUCACGUAAUCCACAAACCGGAGCUGCUAAUACCUUCAUCCACGGAAAUCAUGAGAUGGGUUUACAGGAAAAAGUGAGUCUUAUGAAGGUUUUAUCUGAAAAGAUGACAAAUCAACCAAUCCAUUCAAACAUUAUGCUCAAUAAUUCACAAGUUGGGGCAAAAGGACCUCCAUUAAGAAGAGAUGAUUCAGGGGUAACUGCAGCUGCUCUUGCCUGGAUGUCCAUUAGAGGUUCGGAGCUUCCUCUAAUGGAGAAAGCAACGCCAUCCAAGAUUCAGAGUGUCGCGUCUUCUCUCUACAAUCCAGGAAGAGAGUCCUCUAAUGCUGAAGUUAAUAUUCGUUCAACAGAGAAGAAUAUAUCGGCCUCUCAAUUGCUUUGGAGAUCUGGUAGAGAAGAACCCAAUUUGCAAUACCAGGCCAUGGCUUCUGCUCAUCAAGGCCAGGCUGCUGAUUUGUUCAGGUUUCAGGUUCAAUCUCCAUGGAGAGGCCUUUCACCUCAAACGCAGCAAAAGCAGAAGAGAGACACGCUUCCUCCUGACUUGAAUCUAGUGUUUCAGCUACCUUCCUCUCCUGUUCAGCAGUCUUCAGGUGUGUUGGUCGAUUCUCAACAGCCUGAUUUGGCACUGCAACUCUAGAUUUGGGAGAUACAGAAUGUUGGAUUUGAUACUUAGAAAGCAAAAUGGAAGUUGGGGGAAAAUCGUGCCAUAUGUGCAGUUGGAAGUAGUUGCUUAUGAUGGCCCUUUGUAUUUGGCAUAUUUUGUUAAUCUAUAGGGGCCAAUGUGCCUGAAGAUCUUGGCGGAAGUCUUUCCAUGGCCUGAAUUUUGAUUGCAACUGAGGCAAAGUUGAUUGUGGUAUAAUCUCUUGUACAUGUUGGGGAACUGUGUCAAUUCUUCUGGGAGAGGGAAGCCGGUUGGGGUUCUUCAUGAAAAGUGGGGUCCAAUACUUGGAAACCAUGGACCCUGUGUGAGGUUACACUCCAUUGUUUGAUCAGGAGGGUUUUGUACAGGAGUAGUACGGUUUACUUAAAGACUGUCUAAAUUAUGGAGGGCAUAAAGCCAGAAGCGGGAUUAGUUGCCAAAGAGGAACUAGUGGCCUUGUAUCGCAGUAUCAUCACUAUUGGCAAUGUAGUAUUUAGAAGAGAUGAUAAAAUGGCCUUAGAUUUUUGAAAAUUGA